UCAUACACAUGGUGCGCUGCAGCUUUUGACACACUCGCGGGAAUUUAAUGUAAUCAAUGCUUUGGUUUCUACGUUUGAAACAACUUGCAAUAAGUCAAUACGUGUGUUUCAUUCAUCUUAACAGUUAUGGCUGAAUGUCCAGCAAGUGUUGUAUUGCGAAGUGAAGGAGUCGAGAGCUCAAACAUCGAAAAAGAGAGUGGGGAGAAGCUUCUCCCCAAUCUACAGAAACUGUUUGAGUCAGAACUGUCUGAAUCUUGUGUACCAAGUCUGGAAACAGUUGACCCAAGGGCAAACUCAAAGAGCGAUGAAAAGGAGAGCGAUGAGAAGCUUGCAGACAAUCCACAGAAACUCUCUGAAUCUUGUGUGCCAAGUAAGGGACAGUUUGACCCAAAGGCAAACUUAAAGUGGGAGAUAGGGUCCCACUGCAAGGCUGUGUGGUCACAGGAUGGGCGGGUUUAUCCUGCCACCCUGGUCUGGUUGGAGGGGGAGCGCUGCAAGGUGAAGUUUGACAACUAUGGAAACGAGGAAGAGAUGGACCUGAGCGCCGUGCUACCUGAAGCAGUUGACCAGCCCCGGAAGGAGAAACGGGUGUGGAUGCUGGGUUCCCGGUGUCGUGCUGUGUACUCAGAGGAUGGCCUGGUCUACCCAGCGGUGCUGGUGUGGAUGAGAGGGGAACGCUGCCGGGUGAAGUUUGAAGGCUACGGGAACGAGGAGGAGCUGGAGCUGAGCACCCUGCUAUCGCCAGAUGACCUGGGACGACACUGUGGAAGAGCUACUGCCAAGGCUGUGGAAGGGUUCAGGUCCACUAGUAACAACAACGCAGACUGGAAGAAGGAUAGAGAGUGGAGGACACCUCAACAAGAGGGACAAGAGGAGCCUUCCUCACCUCGACCACCUGAGUUUCCUCCAGGAAAAGUCUUUAACCUUGGCAAUGAGCAGGGGAAUAAGAAGAAGCCAAGUAGUCGGAAAGAGGAACCAAAUGGCCGGAGUCGGGAACCAAAUGAUCACCCGUUUCGUUUUUUUCCUCCAGUGCCACCGCCCAAUGGGUCUUUGGACUUCCUGUCACUCCUGCCUCCUCCUCCACCUCCACCGUGUAUAUGGCCCCCCCGAGCAGGGCUGGUGGAUGCUGGCGAUGGGCUAGGCUCGUCCGUUACAGACUUAUCCAGCAUGCUGCUCUCCUGGUACCUGUGUGGCUACCACACUGGCUGCUACAUGGCAAUGCAGCAGACAGCGGCAAGUCACAAGAGGGCUCAUAAAGAGAAACGGGCAGAGGAAUAAGGUUGGUUUAAGACCCUAGAAUGGGGAAGAAGACGAAAAGAGCUGUUCUCUUGAAACAGGACGAGUUCCAAAGACUGAAUGUUCUUGUACUACACAGAGGUAGUCCAGUUGGGGCUCUGUGUCUGAUGCAUUGCAGUUGUCAGUUUUUUUUCUUACUGAAGAUGGGUGUCGUGACCAGAAGAUGAUUGUGGAUAGGGGUAUGGUGUUAAGGGUACGGUGACCCUAGCUCAUCAAGCUGUUAACUCAGCACUUCCAAGAGGCUUUUUGGGAGGAUAUUUUUACUUUGACGUUUUUGGCACUUUAUUAUUUAUUUUUUUACUGUUGGAAAAAGCUUUUCAAAUGUUUUUUUUUUGGGGGGGGAAAUAAAAUAAUGGGACAGCUAGUUUAUGGUCAAGUGGAGAAAAAAAAUGAAUGAAUUGUUAAUCCUGCUUUUUUUUUUAUGUCAGUUUAAGUUCAUUUUGGGAGUUUAUUUUAUUACUGUACAUUUGAAAUAUUUUUGGAUUCUUUUUUUAAAUGUUAUUUUUCAAGAAAACAUUUAUUCAACCAAA